GAGUUUGGGAAAUUUAAGAGCCUCGCUUUCGAAAGAGGCUGAUAUUUACACAAAAAUUGUGACGUAUUUCACACACGGAUAAAAUGCCUUACGUGUCGGGAGGAGGGGAAGUCUUGGACAGUAGGUCCAACUGGAGGCUGUCCUACAUCCCAGAGCUGUUUUGGGCUGUGGUGGAAUUCUUCGUUCUUUUUUUUAGGACGAUGAUUUCGCCAUCAAUGACAAAACGUGGCAGCCAGUACACCUCAGACUACAGACCCAGUGGAGGCCCUCCCAGGCCCCCCAGGAGAAGAAUGGGAGGAAUAGGAGGGGGUGGUGGUGGGCCAUCACCACCUCCCAUGGCUGGUGGUGGAUGAGGAAGGUAAGCGCCCUCUAGUGACUGUCUUCAGUCCAGAGGGUGCGCAACCAGUACUUUGUCAAGACAGACCAUGCACUUAAUUGCAAGAGAACUCGAAAGAUUUGCCAGAUGGUGAUAUACAGUUGGAGAAAGAACCGUCUCUAAUAGUCUCCUGUUAAUUUUUGCAAAAAAUGGAUAUUUGUUUUGUAUCCCAGCAAUGAAACACUUCUCAAAUGAUAGCAUCUUGUUCUUCCUAAAAGAACAUUAUUCUCAUCAACAUUUUUACAAAGCAGAUGCAGUUUGAUAACUGAAAUAACUGGAUAAUACAGCAGUGCUCAUUUCAAAGCAAGGAAUAGUGGAGGCUUAGAUUUUAAAGAAUGUAUCAUAACUAUAGAUUAAGAUUUAACUUUUUAGAUAUAACGAUAGAUUUACAAGACUUCACAUUUUCCUUUUUUUGCAAGAAUUUGAUGCUACAACCAAAGUUUUCUUCACAUAGGGGCUACAGUAUAAUGAUGUUGUGCAAUAAUAAUUUUUCUCUUGUUAGUUGUAAGUGCAGGUAACGUCUUGGCACCUGUAGUGUAUGUUAUGCCUGUGUAAAACACCCACCAAUAGUUUGUACAUAAAAUUAUGAUGUCACAUUUCUGUUGCACAUGAAAUGAUGACAUCAUGAAAGGAAAUGGAUAUUGACUGUGCUUUACACAGAUUAUGAUGAAUCUCCAACAAAACCUACUCUAGGGAAUGGAGAGUCUGAUAAACAUGAUGUGCACUACAGUAUUUAAUACAAUAUUCAAAUAUAUUUUAUUAGUAAAAUGAUACUAAAAAUGAAUAAAAAAAGCAUAUAACAGUA